AUGGCUUUCGACCCUCACAACGUCGACCUAGACACGGCCGACGCAGCCGAAAUUGUCUGCUAUCUUAAUUCCGAAGGCAACGACUAUGACGGCCGCAUGGGAGCGCGCAUCUCAGCCAUCUUCGUCAUCCUAGUCAUCUCCUCAGCAGCUACCUUCUUCCCCGUGCUCGCAAAGCGCGCCCCGCGCCUCCGCAUCCCACUAUACGUCUACCUCUUCGCAAAGUACUUCGGUGCAGGCGUCAUCAUCGCCACAGCAUUUAUCCACCUCCUUGAUCCGGCCUACGACGAGAUCGGCGGAAACUCUUGCGUCGGCUUGACAGGUCACUGGGCCGAUUACUCCUGGUGCCCAGCCAUCGUGCUCACAUCGCUUAUGGUCGUCUUCCUCUUGGACUUUGGAGCUGAGCGCUGGGUCGAGGUCAAGUAUGGAAUCUGUCGUGAGGACCCCGAGCCGAUGAUGGCCACUCCCAGUGGGGUCGAAGUGCAGCAUGAGGUCCGGCGGUCGAUUUCACGCUCUCAUUCGCAUGACAAGCAGGUGAAGGAGAUUGAGUCGCAGUCGCAGGAGCUGCUUAUCGAGCGUUCGUUCAAGCAGCAGAUUGCGGCAUUCCUGAUCCUUGAGUUCGGUGUUAUCUUCCACUCUGUUAUUAUUGGAUUGAACCUUGGUGUUGCGGGCGAGGAGUUCCCGACUCUCUACCCUGUACUUGUCUUCCAUCAGUCAUUUGAGGGUCUGGGUAUUGGUGCUCGGAUGUCGAGUAUUCCUUUCAAGAAGGGCAGCUGGCUGCCUUGGUUGUUGUGUGCUGCUUAUGGACUGACUACGCCUAUUGCUAUUGCUAUUGGGCUUGGUCUGCGCACGACUUACAACCCUGGCUCGUUCACGGCGAAUGUUGUCUCGGGUGUACUUGAUGCUAUCUCUGCUGGCAUUCUGUUGUAUACUGGUCUUGUUGAGCUGUUGGCGAGGGAUUUCUUGUUUGACCCUCACCGUACUCAGGAUGACAAGCGUCUGACCUUCAUGGUGCUGACCUUAUUGCUUGGUGCUGGUAUCAUGGCUCUGCUUGGAAAGUGGGCUUGA